GCGUCCUACUGGAGCGCAGGACCUGGCUUGGCUAGAGGACACCCCUGACCUUGGUCUCGCCCUGGUUCCAGGUCUGUGCCAGGACCAUGGGCGCCGCGCUGGGCACUGGCGCAUGGCUAACCUCCCUACCUCGCCUAGCCUGCGGCAGCCUUCGGCGCCAGGCACUCUCCGCGCCCGCCCAGGGAUGCCAUUCCAAGCCCGGCCCGCCUCGCCCAGUACCCCUGAAGAAGCGCGGAUACGAUGUUACCAGGAACCCCCAUCUCAACAAGGGCAUGGCCUUUACACUGGAAGAGAGGCUGCAGCUUGGCAUCCACGGCCUGAUCCCUCCCUGCUUCCUCAGCCAGGAUGUUCAGCUCCUCCGCAUCAUGAGAUACUAUGAGAAUCAGCAGAGCGACCUGGACAAGUACAUCAUCCUCAUGACUCUCCAAGACCGCAAUGAGAAGCUCUUCUACCGAGUGCUGACCUCAGACGUGGAGAAGUUCAUGCCCAUUGUGUACACACCCACUGUGGGGCUGGCCUGUCAGCACUAUGGCCUCACCUUCCGCCGACCUCGUGGGCUGUUUAUCACCAUCCAUGACAAGGGCCACAUUGCAACAAUGCUGAACUCUUGGCCAGAGGACAAUAUUAAGGCUGUGGUGGUGACUGAUGGAGAGCGCAUACUGGGCUUGGGAGACCUGGGCUGCUACGGCAUGGGCAUCCCUGUGGGCAAGCUGGCCCUGUACACAGCAUGCGGAGGGGUGAACCCACAGCAGUGCCUUCCUGUCCUGCUAGAUGUCGGCACCAACAAUGAGGAGCUUCUCAGAGAUCCUCUGUACAUCGGCCUGAAACACCAACGUGUUCGUGGGAAGGAGUAUGAUGACCUGCUGGAUGAAUUCAUGCAGGCUGUGACAGAUAAGUAAGUGGACCAUGCUGCCCC